AAUAGCACUAUAGAUUUUCUCUAAUGCUGUUCUCAUUAAGCCAAAAUAAAAACAGCUACAAUUGGAAUGGAGCAAGUUUAUUGCCAUAAAACGGUGUCUGUCCCGACUACUGCUAUUUUAUUGCUUUUAGUAUCAGUACUGACAGGAUCAGAAAAGCUGUUUCACAACAGAGAUCACUCCGAUGUUGAAUUCCAAAAUAUUCCCCAGGCGGAUGCUAUCCUGACUCCGGAGGCGGCACAGCAAUAUCUUGUGAAAUAUGGGUGGGUGACACCUGUGAAUUGGGAGGAACAAGCAUUUGUUCAAUUCUCUGAACAUGACAAUGACCAGGCACCUCGAGAUAUCUCCCAACUGAUACAAGAGGGAGAACCUUCAGAGCAGCCCAGGGUGACUUCUUCAAAUAUGACUGAUUUAACCCCGUCCUUUGCAGAAUCAUUGAAAAAAUUUCAAGAGGCGAAUGGGUUAAAUGCCACUGGAGUCCUGGACAGUGCAACAAAGACAGCAAUGAAUAAGCCGCGCUGUGGUGUCCCGGACCGUAAACUUGCAUCAAAACGCAAAAAUGGAACUUUAAGUCUUGCUGGUACUGAGGAUGAUUCUCACAAUCGUACCUUACCAGAAGUCCAAACCCAGCGUCGCAAGAGAAGUUUUUUUUCCAAACUGGUUGAAUACCACAGAAGAAAGCGAGAUAACAGAGCCACUCAGGAAAACAGCCAUUCUUUAAGCUUCUCUAAAAAGAUAUUGAAGUGGAGAUUGAUGGGAGAAGGUUACAGCAUGCAGCUGAGCAUCCAGCAGCAGAGGAAAGUCCUUGCAUUAGCAUUCCGUAUGUGGAGUGAGGUGAUACCUCUGCAAUUUGAAGAGGACUUGACAGGAGACAACAUAGAUAUACGAAUAGGUUUUGGCACAGGUCAACACCUUGGUUGCUCCCAGGCAUUUGAUGGAGUUGGCCAGCAGUUUGCUCACGCCUGGUAUUUGGGAGAUAUUCAUUUUGAUGAUGAUGAACAUUUUACUGCAUCCACCAGCGAACAAGGAAUCAGUCUUUUAAAGGUUGCAGUACAUGAGAUUGGCCAUGCACUGGGACUGCCUCAUAUAAACCAUCUGGGGUCUGUGAUGCAGCCAAAUUAUAUUCCUCAAGAGCGGCAGUUUGAGCUUGGCUGGGAAGACAGGAAAGCAGUUCAGGAAAAAUAUGGUUCCUGUGAUGGCAGCUUCAGCACCAUUUUUGAUUGGGUAAGAAAAGAACGAUCUCCACGUGGUGAGACUAUUUAUCGGUUUAAUACAUACUUUUUUAAGACUGGUUGGUACUGGAUGUAUGAAAACAAGAGCAACCGCACACGUUAUGGAGACCCCCUACCUAUCAAAGCAGGAUGGCGUGGACUUCCUGAUCAAGAUAUUGAUGCUUAUGUACAUGUCUGGACUUGGAAUACCGAUGCCCAGUAUUUCUUUAAAGGUAGCCAAGUUUGGCGUUAUGACCCUGAGAAAGACAUGGCAUUUACAGAAGACUGGAGAAGAAACAAAUAUCCACAACUUAUUAAGGAUGCAUUCCCUGGAGUUCCAAGUCCACUGGAUGCAGCUUUCUUUGACAAAAAAGAACGUUUCAUCUACUUUUUCAGAGAAAAUAAUGUUACAGCAUUUAGCGUGGAAAAGAAUAAAAAAGUAGAUGAUUUUCCAAAACGGAUCAUUGAUGUAUUCCCAUCCGUGGAGCCUGGCAACCAUCCUAUUGGCUAUUUAGAUGCAGUCUAUUUCUCUUACACUUACCAAGCAACAUUCUUCAUUAAAGACAAGUAUUACUGGAAAAUGGUCAGCGAUCAAGACAGACAACGUAAUACGUCACUGCCAUUAAAUGGGCUGUGGCCCAGAAGGAAAAUCAAUUCCAAGUGGUUUGAUAUUUGUGAUGUCCAUCCAUCUGUCCUUUUCCUUACAAGUUAAACAGAAAUGAACUUCUAUGGAGUUAAAGCUCUUCAGAGAGGAAUAAUAUUUACAAACGCAUUCCAGCCACCUCUAACGGUACCAAGCUGUUCCAGUACUGCUGGAGAGAGAGAUAACUGGGAGGCCCAGCAGUCACUG